AUGGAAAAUAUUGAAGAUCAAGAUAAAAAAUCUUUUCAUGAGCUUAGAGCUCAAAUAGACCCAGAAGUAUAUGAAAAAUGGGACUGUGAACAAAUUUAUGUCAGAGGUUUGAUUACUGAAGAAGAUACUUUUGAGUGGAAAUUAGAUCCAAAGUCUGAAAAAGCUCUUAAAUAUAUUGGUGGAGUUGACAUCUCUUUUUCUUAGAAGCAUUAAGAUAUUGCUGUUGCAAUCCUUGUAGUUAUAGAAUAUCCAAGCUUAAAAAAAGUUCAUGAAGAAUUUGAGAUAGUCAAAUUAGAUGGGCCAUACAUUCCAGGUUUUCUUGCAUUCAGAGAAGCAGCACAUCUUGUCAAAUUAUUUAAAAAGCUUUAAAUUAAUAAACCUCAAUUUACGCCAUAAGUAAUUAUGGUAGAUGGAAAUGGAAUUCUCCAUUAAAAUGCUUGCGGUCUUGCAAGUCACUUGGGUGUACUUAUUGAUAAGCCAACUAUUGGAGUUGGCAAGACAAUUUUUUUUGUCGAUGGAUUAAGAAAAGAUAUUGUCUUAGAUAAAUUUAAGAAAGUUACUGAUGAAGGAGGAUUUGCUAUCCUUCAAGGUGAUAGUGGAAGAAUUUGGGGAGCCGCUUACAAAAGCAAAAAAGAUGUAGUAGAUCCAAUUAUUGUCUCUGUAGGACAUAAGAUUUCUCUUUAGAGUGCUUUAGACUUGAUUUCAAAAUGCUGCAACUUUAGAAUUCCUGAACCAGUUAGAGUAGCUGAUAUAAGGUCUAGAGAAUUGGUCAAAAAAAUUACCUUACAAGAAGCCCUUACUGCCCCAACAAAUUCACUUGAAUUUUUGACUGAUAAAUUUGAUGCUGAAAAAAAGAAAAAAGUCAUGGAAAAAAAGAAUCUCGUUUUUAAACCAAAAGAAGAAGAUUUCCCAUCUUUAUUCUGA